AUCCAAAGAAAACAAAAUGUCCAAAAAGCUUCCAAUAAUUUCCGUUACCGAUGACGACCAGGCGGAUUCGCCACCCUCUGAAGAUUCUAAUAGCAAUGAUAUGGACUAUAACUGUAAUGCGGGCGAAGCUACAGACGUCGAAGAUUUCGAUAGUCAAGGCGAUAUUAAAAAAUUUACAAAUCAGAAAUCUCCCAGCAAUACAACAUUGAAUCUACCCAAACUUACAAAGCGUGAUAGUGAUGCCACUGAUAUCGAAGAUUACAAUGACACCGAUUCUGAAGAUGAGGAGAAGAGCAACGUUUAUCCCGAAUUGAAGUUAUCUCUACAAGAAUUCUUACAACAUGGUCUACGCGAACAAGAUAGGGUCGAUAAUGAGGCUAAGGAACGAGUAGAACACAAAGCUGGAAAUUUCUUGCAAGCACAAAAUUUAAAUGACACAAGCGAUUACCUAACCGAUUGUGAAGACUAUAACACCGAUUCCGAAUUGGAAAAUGACGACUGUGAACGCUCGGUAUGUGUCGAUUUGGACGCAGCUGUAGGUGAACAGGGUAAAGUAUUCAUUGCUGAUGGCGAGCGUUCCACAAAAGACAAUGACGAAUCCGAUGAAUAUGAAGACCUGUCGGUAGUGAGCGAUAUUAGUGAUCUCGCAUCGGCGCUAUCAAAUGUCGACGGCGCAUGCGCACGCGACAUGUCCGAGGACGAAUUGCUCGAAAUGUCGGGCGAUGAAGUGGAAUGCCAAAUUGUUGUCUCAGAUUCAGCUUCGGAAAAUGAGGAGGACGACAAUAUAUACGAUAGCGCCAGUAAUGCCAGCUUGCCGCCAAUUGAUGUGGCAUUCAUCAGCACUGGCGGCCAGCAACGCCGCAAAUCCACAACUAUGUCGGCCAAUAAGGGUGCGUUCUUAACGGUAGCGAGCGGUGGCCCUGCAGAGGAAGUCCUAACAGAUGUUGAAAAACUCGAUGAUUCAGCUGCGGAAGACAGUUUCGAUAGCGAGGAGGAGGAGAAACCCAUACCGAGGGCUGUUAUACUGUCCGCCGCUGGCGUCGAUGAAGGCGCCGAUUUAACCGAUGUGGAAGAUAUGUUUUACGAUGAUGUUACACAAUCUACUCACGAUGUACACUCAGUGGCCGAGGCAGCGCUGCCACCGCCACAUCGUGAAAUGGUGGUCCUCAAGGAAGACAAAUUCGGUGACACCAUCGAGAAUGUUAUGCCAAUGGAUCGUGAAUAUCAAUUUGGCAUAUAUAGCACAGUGACCGACGAUGUGCAAACUGAAGAUGAAGACUACUCAUGCGCCGAUGAGUUGGGUGCGUAUGGCUCAGUAGCCGAGUGUUUGGAUGCUGAUACUUUGAUUGAACAUGAAAUCACUGUGCUAAAUGAAACAUUAAAGCCGCAAGUAAGUAAGCGUCUAGAAUUGCAUGCUAAUACCGAAUCGGUUACAGAUGUUGAAGAAAUCUAUGUAGAUGGCAUUAAUCGACGCAAGAAACUGAAAACGCGUAGCUUGAGCAAAGGCAAAACCAAACUUUUAGAGGUCACCGUACGGGGCAAGGAAGAUGGUGGUGGCACGGACAUUGAAGAUAUGGAUUUGAGUGAACAAGGCCUGCCGCCAAAUGUUAAAUUGAAUUUUAAUGGACAACAACAUCAGCGACAACAACAAGCCGAUAGUUUUGAUAAGAACACUGAUAUAGAGGACAUGAGCGCUGAUGAGGUGUCUGACACUUCCGAAGCGGAAGCUAAGCAAACUGCCGAUGUGGGUAGCACCACUUUAAAGGAGUAUAUAGUGAGCAAUUGUAAUAUUGUGGUGGCAAUCGAAACAGAUAGUCAACGAAAAUCUUGCGGAAAUCAUAUGCAGCGCUGCAAGGCACACACACUGACUAUGCUCGAUGCGAGCGUCGGUGAGGGCACCAAUCCGCCAAAUACAGAUGUUGAAGAUGUGCAGUGCCCGAGUGAUGGCGAUGAUGCUGGUGCGGUUAAUGACGCAACUGAGACGCGUGCGUGCAAUAGCAACGAACUAAUUGAGUUGUUAAAUGAAAGUUGCACUAUAGUGCAUGAGCAGAACAGUAAUAGCUUUAAUGAGGAGGCUGAAAAAUUGCAUAUAAAAGGCAAUGUGGAGACACGUGAUGCGCACACAGAUGUCGAGUAUGUGGAAUCGGAUGAAUCGGCAACCAGAGGAAGCAAUUAAAUCGAUUCAAUCAGAAGCAAUAAAAAAACCACAACAUUUCACAAAGAAAAACAAACACAAAAACAAAUAAAAAA